CCACUACCUACUUUAUGUAACCGAUGAACUUUGCUCGGGCAAAUAAGCACGAUAAGAGGUUCACCAAAUAUCGAUGACAUUCGCUUCACGUACCUUGCACAAUGAAGCUGAUCUACUUUUUUUUCCUUUUAGAGCUGGGCCACGAGGCAAGCGCAGCCUACCCAGACAAGUGGAUGACGGUCCCAUUGGACCAUUCAAAUCUUUUCGAUAACAGAACAUGGGAAAUGAGGUACAAGGUGAGGCGGAGUUUUUUCCGCAGGGGCAACCCGCUCUUUAUCGAAAUCGGCGGCGAGUGGACGAUCGACGGAAGCGCGCUGCUGAGCGGGCAGAUGUACAAGUUGGCGAAGAAGCAUCACGGAAUGCUGGUGGAGACGGAACAUCGGUACUAUGGGAAGAGCUUGCCGUUCGGGGAAAACGCUACCCUUGAAGAGUUUAAGUAUCUGCAAAUGGAGCAGGCUUUGGAGGACUUGGCGUUUUUCAUCGACAAAUUCAAGCAGAGCACCAAGGGCCUCGAGAACAGUUUGGUGGUAAUCCACGGAUGCUCCUACCCAGGAAUGCUGGCAACUUGGAUGCGCCUACGCUUCCCCCACAUCGUAGACAUAGCGUACGCGUCCAGCGCACCACUCGGCGUCGGUCUGGACUACCCAGAAUUUUACGAAAUCGCGCACGAUGUCUACGCGAACGUUAACGAAGGCUGCAUCCAGACAAUUCGGGACGGGUUUAACAAAACGGUCGCCAUGCUCAAGACGAAAAAGGGAAGGAAGAAGGUGCGAAAGGCCUUGGAGGAUUGGGAUUGCGGCGAUCCGCGCGAGAUGAGCUCGGGCGACAUUCUGAGGACGAUGGCGUCGGUUCUGAACGUCCUGAACGACCCGCAAAACUACGAGGACGUCAGCUGUCUCAUUCUGGCGAUGGACGAGGACGACUCGCACGCGUUUAACAGGCUGGCGAGCUUGGUGGUUUUGAAGUCGAAAGACCAGGAGAGCUGCGGCGGCGACGGAGAAUCCGAAGAUGACGGCGGAGAAGGCCAGCGAAACAAUUUGGCCUGGAGCUAUCAGACCUGCACCGAAAUGGGAACCUUCCAAACUCUGAGUCGGGAUAAUGCCAAAAAUCCGUUCGGUUUCGACUUGAGCGUUCAGGAAUCGGUCGACGAGUGCGUCAACGACUUCGGCGGAAUUGUAACGGAGGAGAUACUGCGAACCGGAGUCGAGAGGGUGACACGCCGGUACGGCGGUAAGAAGCCGCCCGUGACUAAGGUUGUAAGCGUCCACGGCACGGACGAUCCGUGGAAACAUUUGUCCGACCUGCACAAUUUCACCUCCGAAGCUCCCGUGUUCGUCGUUAAAGGAAAUCACUGCGUCGACCUGAGCGAAGGCGAUGAUAUACCCGAGGAAGUUGUGAAGGUGCAAAAGGAUGUGCGUGACAUCAUUUCUAGGUGGAUCAAGGAGCUAAGACCACCGAAGAAAAAAGCGACGAGCUGAGUUUCGAGUAGUUUUAUUUCUACCUUUCAUUGCAAAUGUUGCAAUUAACAAAAAUGUAUAAGUAUCGACAGAGAAUUACAAUAAAAUACAGUAGUCCGUUACAGUA